AUGUUGAGGGUGUUGCUAAUAAGCUUACUGGGAAUCCAACUCGUGAAUUCUCACUUUAUAGAUCUAGCAGAUACCAGAUCGGAACCUGCUGCUGGUAUACCAAAACUGAAUGCAUCUGCAACAUGGGUGCUCAACAUAAACAGCUUGAAACCAAACUUCCUGGCGAGCUCAUCCUGGGGUGGUGGAUCUGUUUCUGGCGUAGACACUUACGCUUCAAUCACCACGGAUCCACGCAACAAGAGUACCGCUGCCAUUCAAGUUACCUACCCUGCUGGAUCAUGGACGCCCUUGUCACCAGUUCCAGGAGGAGUCUCAUUCUUUGCUAACGUGAUUGGAUCAAAUCGAGUCGCGACUUCUGCGCUGCUACAUUACGAUGUCUACUUUCCAUUGGGCUUUGACUUUCAGCUUGGUGGCAAACUCCCUGGUCUCGCAGGAGGCAGUUCAGCAGACUCGCUCAACAACAACUGCCAAGGAGGCAACCACUCAGACUCAUGUUUCAGCAUCAGACUGAUGUGGAGAACGUCAGGUGUUGCUGAAGCUUACGCAUACCUCCCAACAUCAAACAAUAAUUUGCUCUGUGGCCAAAAGGGGAAUGUGUGUAAUGACGCGUACGGGAUAUCAAUCAAUCGAGGGUCGUGGAGUUUUGCAAAUGCUUUGGGGACUUGGACUAGUAUUACUGUAUUUUCGCAGAUGAACACACUCGGAAACUCUGAUGGAAUACUAGGAGUCUACGUAAACGGCUCACAAAAGAUAUACAACCAAAACAUCCAGUAUUCGACUACGCCUGGAGAAGGAGUGACUAGUCUCUUCUUUAGCUCCUUUUUUGGAGGAUCCACGAUCGAUUGGGCAACUCCAAACCAAACAUAUACAAUGUACAGGAGCAUCAACAUGUCGUAUCAAGCGACGCCAGUGGUGCAAGUGAGCAAAGCAUCAACAGUCCAGCUUCCUCAUUUGGUAUUGGUGAUGCUCAUUCUGGUGCUCAGUCUGAGAAAUCUGUGA